UGCCAUUGGGACGUGGGAGACGACGAGUGGGGCAAUAAUAAGACAAAGAGAAUCACACGCGCCUUUCUUUUGCGCGAAGCCUUUUACCGAUUCAGCAAAUCGACAAGAUUCCCAAAAUGGACUAAAUCAACAUUCCCGGCGAUGUCGACGUCACACACUCUCGGCGGCGCCACUCGCUGUGGCCGGGUGAUAGGUCCGUCGUUGGACAAGAUCAUCAAGAACGCCGCGUGGCGUAAGCACACGUACCUCGUCUCCUCCUGUAAAUCCGUCCUCGACAAGCUCGAAUCUCUCCCCGACGACUUUCACGAUCCUUCCUCCACCGUCUCCGGCCUCGCCGCAUCGGACGCAGAUUCCGUUCUCCAGCCAUUCCUCUUCUCCCUCGACACCGGCUAUUCCAAGGUCGUCGAGCCUGCUCUCGAUUGCGCCUUCAAGCUCUUCUCCCUCUCCAUCAUCCGCGGCGAGAUCCAGUCCUCCCGACAAGACUCCGUCCUCUUCAAGCUCGUCAAUGCCGUCUCCAAGGUCGGUGCUAUGGCCGAGGAGCCGAUCCAGCUCGCCGUUCUCCGAGUUCUCCUCGCCGCCGUCAGAUCUCCGUGCGUCCUGAUCCGCGGAGACUGCUUGCUACACGUCGUCAAGACAUGUUACAACAUCUACCUCGGCGGAUUAAGCGGCACGACGCAGAUCUGCGCGAAGUCGGUGUUGGCCCAGAUGAUGCUCGUGAUCUUCACCCGAUCCGAGGACGACUCGCUCGACGUCACCGUCAAGACGAUAUACGUGAACGAUCUGUUGACCUUCACGGACAAGAGCGUCAACGAAGGAAGCUCUGUUUAUUUCUGCCAGGGGUUUGUGAACGAGGUGAUGGCUGCAGGACAAGGGAGCCCUCUUCCUCCUCCCGAUGUGAUUCAGAUUCUUCUUCAGAACCCGGAGACUGAAACCGUCAUGACUCCGGAUUCACCGUCAUUUCGAGGCUACGGGGAAGCUGACUCCGAAGGUGGUGAUAUGAGCAAGAUCAGACAGGACGCUUUCCUCCUGUUCAAGAACCUCUGUAAACUGUCUAUGAGGUUUUCGUCUCAGGAGAACAACGAUGAUCAGAUCAUGGUGAGGGGAAAGACUUUGUCUUUGGACUUCGUCAAUGCCGUUAAGCAAUACCUAUGCCUAUCACUACUGAAGAACAGUGCGGUGUCGAUCAUGUCGAUAUUCCAAUUGCAGUGUGCUAUCUUCAUGAGCUUGUUGUCAAAACUUAGAUCAGUCUUGAAAGCGGAAAUCGGCAUUUUCUUUCCGAUGAUCGUCCUCCGUGUGCUCGAGAACGUUCUCCAGCCUAGCUUCCUGCAGAAGAUGACUGUUCUGAACUUGCUGGAUAAAAUGUCGCAGGAUCCGCAGUUGAUUGUCGAUAUCUUUGUGAACUACGACUGCGAUGUUGAUUCCUCAAACAUAUUAGAAAGGAUUGUCAACGGUCUUCUGAAAACUGCUCUGGGACCACCGACCGGUUCGUCCACAACGCUGUCUCCAGCACAAGAUAGUACGUUCAGGAAUGAGUCAGUCAAGUGUUUGGUUAACGUAGUCAAGGCGAUGGGAAACUGGAUGGACCAGCAGCUGAAAGUGAAUGAGACGGUUUGGCCUAAAGGAUCACAAAUAUAUGCUUCUAUGGACAGUAAUGCAGGACAGAUUGGUGAAGAAGGAACUAUAUCUGACUGCGAUUCACAGCCAGAUACUACUAAUCCAGAAGCUUAUGAUGCUUCUAUGCUUGAGCAACGAAGAGCUUACAAAAUUGAACUGCAGAAGGGUAUCUCUCUGUUUAAUAGGAAGCCUUCGAAAGGUAUUGAGUUUCUCAUAAGCAGCAAGAAAAUAGGCAACUCACCUGAGGAAGUGGCUUCGUUUCUUAUGAAGACAGCCGGGCUUAAUGGAACCGUGAUUGGUGAUUAUCUUGGUGAAAGAGAUGAGCUUCCACUCAAAGUCAUGCAUGCGUAUGUGGACUCGUUUAACUUCGAGAGGAAAGAUUUUGUCGAGGCGAUAAGGUUCUUCCUACGUGGCUUUAGGCUACCAGGGGAAGCGCAGAAAAUCGACCGGAUCAUGGAGAAGUUUGCAGAACAUUACUGGAAAUGCAACCCGGAUUCUUUCACAAGUGCAGACACUGCUUACGUUCUUGCAUACUCUGUCAUAAUGCUCAACACUGAUGCACACAACAAUAUGGUCAAGGACAAGAUGACGAAAGAUGACUUUGUCCGAAACAAUCGGGGAAUAGACGAUGGCAAGGACUUAGCAGGAGAGUAUCUAGGCUCUCUGUAUGAUCGAGUUGUCAAAGACGAAAUCAAGAUGAACUCCGAUACGUUAGCCCCACAAAGCAAACAGGUGAAUGGCUUGAAUAAGCUACUGGGCUUAGACGGCAUCCUCAAUCUUGUUUCUUGGAUGCAACCAGAUGAGAAACCGCAUGGUGCCAAUGGACUGCUUAUAAGGGAUAUCCAGGAACAGUUCCAAGCUAAGCCAGGGAAAUCAGAGUCAGUGUAUCAUACUGUUACAGAUGUCUCCAUCUUGAGGUUCAUACUCGAGGUCUCUUGGGGACCGAUGCUUGCGGCAUUCAGUGUCACACUUGACCAGAGUGAUGAUAGACUAGCCACUUCUCUUUGCUUACAAGGCUUCAGAUACGCGGUGCACGUCACUGCAGUUAUGGGAAUGCAAACUCAGAGAGAUGCUUUUGUCACCUCAAUGGCAAAGUUCACUAAUCUUCAUUGUGCUGCAGAUAUGAGGCAGAAGAAUGUUGAUGCUGUGAAGGCGAUAAUAACAAUAGCCAUAGAGGACGGUAACCACCUACAAGGAUCUUGGGAACACAUUUUAACUUGCCUUUCUCGUAUUGAACAUCUGCAACUCCUGGGGGAAGUACCACCUGCAGAUACACGUUACAUCCCUAAAACAAAAGCUGAGGUAGAUGAGAAGAAAGCUUUGGGUUUCCCGAAUCUGAAGAAACGUGGAGCUCUUCAGAAUCCAUCUGUGAUGGCUGUCGUCAGGGGAGGUUCUUAUGAUAGUACUUCGCUUGUGAAAAGCGUUCCCAAACUAGUUACUCAGGAGCAGAUCAAGAGUUUCAUUGCCAAUUUGAACCUACUUGAUCAAAUAGGCAACUUUGAGUUGAACCAUGUCUAUGCUAACAGCCAGAGGUUGAACAGUGAAGCUAUAGUAGCCUUUGUUAGAGCGCUCUGCAAAGUCUCCAUGUCAGAACUUCAGUCACCAGCAGAUCCUCGUGUCUUUAGCCUCACGAAACUAGUCGAGACAGCGCAUUAUAACAUGAGCCGAAUCCGACUAGUUUGGUCCCGCAUAUGGAACGUUCUCUCUGAUUUCUUCGUAUCAGUUGGCUUGUCAGAGAAUCUAUCUGUUGCAAUAUUCGUCAUGGACUCCCUUCGUCAGCUUUCCAUGAAGUUCUUGGAGCGUGAAGAGCUAGCAAACUACCAUUUCCAGCAUGAGUUCCUUCGACCAUUCGCCGUUGUCAUGCAGAAAAGCAGUUCCGCGGAGAUUAGAGAGCUAAUAGUCCGAUGUGUUUCUCAAAUGGUUCUCAGUCGAGUUAGUAAUGUGAAAUCCGGUUGGAAAAGUGUCUUCACAGUUUUCACAACUGCUGCGACAGACGAGAGGAAGAACAUUGUACUGUUGGCUUUUGAGACGAUAGAGAAAAUCGUGAGGGAUCAUUUUCAUUGCAUAACCGAGACAGAGAUAUCGGUAUAUGCAGACUGCAUCAGAUGCCUCAUCACGUUCACGAACAGCAAGUUUGAAGGCGACAUUGGUUUCAACACCAUAGAGUUUCUUCGUUUAUCUAAGCAAGCAUCAAAUCCGAGACCAGCAAUUCGAAAGCGUUCCAUAGAAGUGCUCUUCAACAUUCUGAUGGACCAUGGUCAUCUUUUCACAAGACCCUUUUGGACCGGAAUCUUUAGCUCUAUCAUUCUCCCGGUUUUCAACAACAUACGUAGUAAAACCGAUAUGCUCUUUGAAGAAAGCGUUGAUUCGCCACCCUCUGCUUCUCUAGACACGGAAGACACCACGUGGGACUCUGAGACAUCGACAUUUGCGUUGAAGCUUCUCGUCGACCUACUCGUCAACUUUUUCGGCUCCGUGAGGUCUCAGCUUUCAAGCGUUGUGUCAAUCCUCAUAGGGUUCAUAAAGAGUCCUGUUCAGGGCUCUACAGGAUCUGGAAUCUCUGUCUUGCUUCAUUUAGCUGAUGGAUUGGCUCCUACCGCCUCUAAAGAUGAAUGGAGAGAUAUUUUCUUGGCUCUCAAGGAAGCAGCCUCGCUAACUUUCGCAGGUUUCAUGAAAGUCUUGAGAGCCAUGGAUGAUAUCGAAGAUGUUGAAACAGUUUCUGGUCAAAGCGUAAACAAAGAAGAUCUCGAUGAUGAUAGUCUCCACAUCAUGUUUUACGUUGUCUCCAGAACAAAGAAACACAUUGAUGUCCUGUCUCAAAUCGUCGAGGUUGUGGGUGAUUUAUACAGUAAAAACCAUUUCUCAUUGUCCGCAACACACGUGGAUAUCCUCGCGGACAUUCUCUCGUGCAUCGCGUCUCACGCGGAGCAACUAAACACAGACAGUGUACUUCGCAGGAAAUUCAAGAGAGCAUGCUCAGUCCAAAACCUAACGGAGCCUCCACUUCUUAACUUUGAGAACGAGUCUAACAAAUCCUACUUGAUGUUCCUCCAAGACAUGGUUACUUGCAAUCCAAACGUCUCCAAAGAACUCGAUCUCGAGUCUCGUCUAGUCGCUGAAUGCGCAAAAGUAGUGAAGAUCUACCUUAAAUGCACUGGUCAACAACAACAAACUAGACUGGUUCAUUGGAUUCUUCCGAUGGAAACAGAUCGGAUAGAAGAAGCAACGGCAAGAACUUCGCUGCUUGUUUCGUCACUUGAAGCCUUGUGCUCAUUAGAAGCAAAGUCUCUAAAAAGGCACGUGUCGAGCUUCUUCCCUUUGUUGGUGGAUCUUGUGGGGACUGAGCAUUGCUCUCCACAGGUUCCGUACGUCCUAAGCAAUGUUUUAAGAUCGUGCGUUGGUCCUAUUUUGACUUAGUCGCUUGCGGCUUAAGUUAUCAUUUCCUCUGAUCUGUGUUUUCUUCCGUUACACGUUUUUUUGUUGGGUUUUGGCUUGUCUACCCGAAUAAAUUUUGGCCAUAGAUGUUUUAUGUUAUUCUCUUUAAAUUAAUUUUUGAGUUGGUUAAUUAUUAACGUAAGCUAACACGGGCGAGAAUUAUUCAAGACUGUAUUUGGAAAGAUCUGAUGUCCAACUUUUUUUUAUCGACUUUCUUUGCUCUAAUUAUUAUUUUUUUAGAUAAACU